AUGGACGAUUUGGCUGAUUGUCGCGAGGUGUUCGCUUAUUUUGAUAAUAAAGGCGAUGAGCGGAUCUCGGUUCAACAAGUUGGAGAUGUCCUUCGCGCUUUGGGACAAAAUCCGACGGAAGCCGAAAUCGGAAGAUGUGUGGCUUCGUAUGAAAGAGACUCGCGUCUUUCGUUCGAGGAUUUCGUCCCAAUCUUUCAAUCAGUCAGCAAGAAUCGUGAGAAACAUACUGUUGAGGAGUUCGUUGAAGGAUUGUCGCACUUCGACAAAGAAGGCAACGGAAUGAUCAACGUAGCUGAAUUGAGACAUCUCCUAACGACUCUGGGUGAACGUCUCUCUGACGAAGACGUCGAUCAACUUUUGGCGGGACACAACGAUUCUCAUGGCAACGUCAACAUCGCUGACUUUGUGCGAGCCGUCAUGAACUCAUAA